UUAGCUAUGUUAUAAAUAUACGAUGAUUAGAAACUGAUUAUAGAUUAGCAAAAAUGAAGAAGUUUACCUUACUAAUUUUGAACAUAAUUAUGUUUUCAAUAGGCAACUGUGGUGGCCCUUUAAUCUCUCGUUUCUACUUCAUCCAUGGAGGUCAAAGAAUUUGGCUCUCCAGUUGGUUACAAACUAUUGCCUGUCCCUUAAUCCUCAUCCCUUUAUCCAUCUCCUAUUUUCACCGCCGGAAAAUUGAAUCUCCGGCGACCGCCAAAAUCCUCUCCAUAACUCGUCGAGAAAUCAUCGGAUCUACCGGCGUCGGAAUCAUCGCCGGUCUCGACGGUUACUUUAUCUCAUGGGGACCUGCAAAAUUACCCGUUUCAACUUCAUCUCUCAUCAACGCAACUCAACUCGCGUUCACCGCACUCUUCGCUGUACUAUUAGUAAAGCAAAAAUUGACUGUGUAUUCGAAGUUAUCUGUUUUUCUGUUAAUCGCCGGAGCUGCAACUUUAGCACUCCGUGGGAACGGCGAUCUGCCGGCCGGUGUUUCUGUUAAGGAGUAUGUGAUUGGGUUUGUGAUGACGGUUAUGGGUGCGGUUUGUUUUGGGCUAAUGCUAUCACUUAUUGAGUUGAUUUACAUAAAGGCAAAAACUGCUAUUAGUUACACUAUGGUGUUAGAGAUUCAGCUGAUUAUUGGUGUUUCUGCUACUGUUUUUUGCACCAUUGGAAUGAUCAUUAACAACGAUUUCCAGGCAAUUCCAAAGGAGGCAAGUGAAUACGAGAUUGGAGAAGCUAAGUAUUAUUUGGUACUAAUAUUGUGUGCUAUUAUUUGGCAAUUAGCAUUGUUGGGAUUAGUUGGAGUAAUAUUUUAUUCUUCAUCUUUGCUUUCUGGAAUAAUAGGUGCCUUUUUACUUCCUGUUACUGAAAUAUUAGCUAUAGUUUUAUUUCAUGAAAAAUUUCAAGUUGAAAAGGGAGUUGCUAUUUUCCUAGCUCUAUGUGGAUUUGUUUCAUAUUUCUAUGGUGAAAUUGAUCAAAGCAAGAAGGAGAAACAAGAUAAGUUCAUGGAUGAUCACUUGAAUUUUAUUGUAUUGCAUCAAAAUGACUAAAG